AUGAAAUCUUUCUUUUUUUUCUUUGUAUUUUACUUAUUUGUUACUAAAACCAUUUGUAUAUCUAUCUAUCUAUCUAUCUAUCUAUCUAUCUAUCUAUCUAUCUCCGUCUUUGUUCAUAUCUAUCUAUCUAUCUAUCUAUCUAUCUAUCUAUCUAUCUAUCUAUCUAACAAAGGAUGUCUGUGUAUCUAUGUGUCUACGUCUGCUUCUGAGUACGCAUGCGCUGUUAAUACCCUUCGCUUAACGCAUUUACUUGGCUUCUUUUAUUUAUUAUCUAAAACUACUCCAGCCUCUUUUUCAGCUAUCUUUCUUUCUUUUUUUUGUAGAGAUAUUUACUUUCGUCUUGUCUCUUUACUUAAACACGUUCCUUCCAUAUUCUUCGAUGACAAAUACAUAGACUUUAAAUCUUCUUUGUUUCUUAAAUUUCUUUCUUUUCUGGUACCGAUUCUCGUAUUUUAUAUCACAUAUCUUCGUAUUCUAAUCCUUCUUCCUUUUGUUCAUGCAACUUUUCCCGAUUCACGGCCUCUCAUAUCUUUUCUGAAAUCCCUCCUUCAUUUCUUUUUUGUCGUUUCCUUAUUCCGCUUUCGUCAUCUUUCUCUUUUGCUGCUAAUGGCGCUCUUCAUUCUGCCAUGA